AUGCAGACAAUCUGCUGCAUCAUGUUUUUGUUGUUGGGAGUAAUAGCAGCAUCAGCAGGGCAGUCAGAUUUAGAAGCACUCUUAGAACUCAAGAAAGGCAUUCAGAGAGACCCUUCUGGCCAAGUUCUUGUUUCAUGGAAUUCAAAGUCCCUGGCCUCUGAUGGAUGCCCUAUCAAUUGGUUUGGGAUCGUUUGCACUGAUGGCCUUGUCACAUCCAUUUCUCUAAACGAUGUUGGCCUGGUUGGCGAGUUCCGUUUUUCGGCCAUAGCUGGCCUUAAAGUGCUGCGCAAUUUAUCUCUUUCAAACAACCACCUCACAGGGACUAUCUCAAAGCUUGCUCAGUCUCAGUCUCUAGAGCAUUUAGAUCUCUCGGGCAAUUUGUUUCAUGGGUCAAUACCCUCUGGCUUGGCUAACUUGAAGAAUUUAGCUCUUUUGAAUCUGUCUUCAAACCAAUUUGAAGGUCUUGUCCCCUCUGGUUUUGGGAAACUAGAACAGCUGAGGUACAUUGACAUUCGAGCUAAUGCCUUUUCUGGGGAUAUCAUGACCUCUUUAUCCCAAAUGGGUAGCGUGGUCCAUGUUGAUCUAAGCAGCAAUCUAUUUACUGGUUCACUGGAUCUGGAAAUUGGUAACUCCUCUUUUGUUUCUUCUGUUCAGUAUUUGAAUGUAAGUCACAAUUCCUUGGCUGGAGAGCUUUUUCCUCAUGAUGGAAUGCCGUAUUUUGAUAGUCUGGAGGUGUUUGAUGCUAGUCAUAAUCAUUUAGUUGGUCUUAUACCUUCCUUUAAUUUUGUUGUCUCUCUUCGGAUACUUCGGCUCGGAAGCAACCAGCUAUCGGGUUCUCUGCCAGAAGCUCUGUUGCAAGGCAGCUCAAUGCUCUUGUCUGAAUUAGAUCUUAGUCUUAAUCAUCUUGAAGGUCCAGUAGGAAGCAUAACCUCUGCAACUUUGAAGAAGGUGAAUAUAUCUUCAAAUAAAUUAUCAGGGUCCUUGCCGGCCAAUGUUGGGCACUGUGCCAUCCUAGACUUGAGUAAUAAUAUGCUCAGUGGUAACCUGUCCCGGACCCAUAGUUGGGGAAAUUACAUUGAAGUUAUCCAGCUAAGUUCCAAUUCUUUGACAGGAAGCUUGCCUAGUGUUACAUCCCAAUUUUUGAGGCUAACUUCUUUUAAGAUAUCCAAUAACUCAUUAGAGGGUGUUCUUCCAUCAGUAUUGGGUACAUACCCAGAAUUAAAAUCUGUAGAUCUUAGCCUCAACAAGCUGGAAGGUUUUCUCCUUCCAAGCCUUUUCUCUUCAACAAAAUUGACUGAUAUAAACUUGUCAGGCAACAGUUUCUCUGGGUCCAUACCUAUGCAAGAAAUUACAAUUGGUUCUGCUCAAAAUUUGAGCCUGGUGUCUCUAGAUCUGUCAAAUAAUUCAUUGAGUGGUCAUUUACCCCAAGAAAUCAGCAAGUUUCGUAGCUUAGUAUAUCUGAAACUUUCCAGUAACAAUUUUAAAGGUAGCAUUCCUGAGAAGCUUCCAGAUGAACUGAAAGUAUUCAACGUGUCAUUGAAUAAUCUUUCUGGUCUUGUACCUGAAAAUUUAAGGCACUUCCCUGAUUCAGCAUUUUAUCCAGGGAAUUCCUUGCUGAUAUUUCCACAUUCCCCAUCAAACAAUGUCCCAGAUAUGAUUUCAAGAAAUCACAGGUCUCCUAUAAAAGCUGCUAUUAAAGUUGCGCUGAUUGUAAGUUUGCUUGGUGGGGGAGCUAUUGUAGCCCUUUUGUGCAUGAUGAUCUAUUAUAGGGCCUGUCAAGGAUGUAGAAAGAGCAGUCGAAAAGCAAGUUGUGAAAAGAACAUUGGUGUUGCGCAAGGGGGUUCUUCCCUUUCUCAUAGAUCAGUACCUGACAAAACUGAAGACCCAAAAUCUUCAUAUGGUUUCCAUCAAGACCCUUUGCCAUCAUCUGCAAGGGAGACUGCUCAUGAUGCCCAUGACACUUCAUCAGUUCUAGAGAAGUCUAAACAAUUGAGUCAUCCGGAAUCAACAAAGCUAGAGGAUGGGGUAUCUUCUCCCAUGUCUCUCUUAUCUCCUUCAAAUCCAUCACCUUCUAAAAGCCGACAACCACUCAAUAGUUCUGCUGUUUUCAACACUUGUUCUCCAGAUAAACUGGCUGGUGAUUUACAUCUGUUUGACGGAUCCUUGGCUUUCACAGCAGAAGAACUUUCAUGUGCUCCAGCAGAAGCUAUUGGAAGGAGUUGUCAUGGAACAAUGUACAAAGCAAUGCUUGCGUCGGGUCAUGUAAUUGCUGUCAAAUGGUUAAGGGAAGGAAUAGCAAAAGGAAGGAAAGAAUUUGCUCGAGAAAUGAAGAAACUAGGGACCAUCCGACAUCCAAAUCUAGUUUCUUUGCAGGGUUACUAUUGGGGCCCAAAGGAGCAUGAGAAACUUAUUAUAUCGAAUUAUAUCAAUGCUGAAUCUUUGGCCUUAUAUCUCCAUGAGGUGGAGCCAAGAAAACUCUCACCAUUGUCUCUUGAGGCACGGCUCAAGGUUUCUAUAGAUGUUUGCCGAUGUCUUAACUACCUCCAUAAUGAGAAGGCAAUUCCCCAUGGCAACCUAAAAUCCACAAAUAUUCUACUAGAAACUCCUAACCACAGUGCACUCCUUACAGAUUAUAGUAUCCACCGAAUAUUGACUCCGGCUGGAACUACUGAACAAGUUCUGAAUGCAGGUGCUCUUGGCUAUCGGCCCCCUGAAUUUGCUAAUUCAAGUAGACCCUGCCCCUCAUUGAAGAGUGAUGUCUAUGCAUUUGGAGUUAUCUUGUUGGAACUUUUGACUGGAAAGAGUUCUGGGGAUAUUGUGUCGGGCAUACCAGGUGUGGUUGAUCUGACAGAUUGGGUGAGAUUUUUGGCAGAAGGAAACCGUUCAUUUGAAUGCCUUGACAGACUAAUUUUGGAAAACCACAGUAUCAAACACUGGCCUAGAGUUGUUGAUAAUUUUCUACAGGUAGCUUUAAGAUGUAUCCUUCCAGCAUCUGAGAGACCCGACAUUAAAACUGUGUUUGAAGACCUUUCAAGAAUAGUGUACUAAAGGGCACUCUCAGGUAGAAACUGUUUCUUUAGCACUAACACCAUCAAUUCUUCUUUCUUCUUUUGUGCUUAGUCUAAUAUUUUAUUUUAUUUUCCAAAUUUUUGCC